GGUGCAAUUAUUAGCGCGUUGGACAAAGGAGCCGAGACUAUAGCCAGUUUUACGAAGUCGAAGCGCCCGCGCAUUCAACCGCGCGACGCAAACAGCCGCGCACGCGUACCAUACAAUACAAUAUAAUAUAAUAAAGUGAUAUACAAUGAUGCUCGCCGGGGCGCAGAUCGUUGAAGACAGUAAUGUGGCGUUUAAUAAGAACAAUGCGAGUGUCGCUAUAGAACCUUCAGGGCCGGGGGAGGGGCCCUCGUUCCACGUGAAGCCUUUGAUAGGCUCCAGCAAAGUGGUUAGCAGACAACCCGUCGAUAUGUCCUUCUCAAACAUCACUUGCACUGUCAGCUUGGGUUUCAAUAAAGGAUCCAAGCAGAUCCUGCACGGUGUCAAUGGUCGCUUCCGACCACGGAAGCUGAUAGCCAUCAUGGGACCGUCAGGGGCAGGAAAGUCCACACUACUGGAUGUAUUGUCUGGGUACCGCAUCAGCGGCGUCGGUGGUGCCGUGUUCAUAAAUGGCAGAGGACGGAUCAUGAAAAACUUCAAAAAGAUGUCGUGCUACAUCCAACAAGACGACCGUCUCCAGGGCUUGCUGACUGUGGGCGAGAACAUGGCGUUAGCAGCCGAUCUCAAACUACCCACCAGAAUGGACAAAUACGAUAAAGGAGAAGUGAUAGAAGACAUAUUAUCAAAUCUUGGAUUAUAUGAACAUAUAAAUACACGAGGCUCCCAACUAUCUGGAGGGCAGAAGAAGAGGCUGUCCAUUGCACUGGAGCUCAUCAAUAAUCCACUGAUUAUGUUCCUCGAUGAACCUACCACUGGGCUUGACAGUUCUUCAUGCUCACAAGUGGUACAACUCUGCCGAAACCUGGCCCAUCAAGGACGUACAAUCAUAUGCACGGUCCACCAACCAUCCGCCUCUCUCUUCAGACUGUUCGAUCAAGUAUAUGUCUUAGCCGCUGGCCAGUGCCUCUACCAAGGCACCACAGACAACUUAGUACCGUACUUAGAGCAUGCUAGCAUACCUUGCCCGAUAUAUCACAACCCUGCUGAUUAUAUAAUCGAACUGGCAUCGGGUGAAUAUGGAGAAGACAAAAUAAAAUACUUAAUGUCAAAGACUGACAACGGCAGAUCCUUAGAUUGGCUAGAAGAGCCAGACUCUAUUCCCAGUAUGGAAGCCCUGAGGAAACAACACCCUCUGUGCGAGCUCAGAAACCUGGAUCCUGGUUCAUCGGAUGAGGAGACCUCUCAAUCCAAUCAGAGAUCGGUACUCAUCAGACGAGGAUUCCUGAAAGCGAAACGUGAUGCGACAAUGACUCACCUGCGCGUUAUCGUAAACAUAUUAGUAGGUCUCAUGCUAGGAGUAUUAUUCAUCAACGCCGGCAACGAAGGCUCCAGGGUUUUAGACAAUUACAACUUACUUUUCGCCAUCUUGAUGCACCAUAUGAUGUCACCGAUGAUGUUAACUAUCUUAACUUUCCCUGCCGAGAUGUCUGUAUUAUCCAAAGAACAUUUCAACAGAUGGUACUCGCUGGGCUCUUAUUAUAUAUCUAUAACCAUAGUGGAUCUACCGAUAUCCAUAGUCGCGUGUGCCAUAUUCAGCGUGAUCGUGUACACGAUGUCAGGGCAACCGCUGGACAUCGUCAGGUUCUCCAUGUUCUUCGUCAUCUCGCUGUACACGGUGCUGGUCGCGCAGAGCUUCGGACUCAUGAUCGGUGCGGCAUUCGACGUUGUUAACGGUACAUUCCUGGGUCCGACCUUCUCCGUGCCUAUGAUGAUGUUCGCCGGUUUCGGUGUGACGCUACGAGACUUGCCUUCAUACCUCUACUGGGGUUCAUACGUGUCGUACCUUAGAUACGGCCUGGAGGGCUUCAUCGCUGCAAUUUACGGCAUGGACCGACCAAAAUUGGCGUGUGAAGAGGCGCUAUAUUGCCAUUAUAGACUUCCUCGCAUCUUCCUCAAUGAUGUGGCCAUGUCUCCGGACAUGUUCUGGUGGGACGUGCUGGCGCUGACGGUGUUCCUCUUCGUGCUCAGGAUAGCUGCGUUCCUUCUUCUCAAAUGGAAACUUACCGCUGUCCGAUAAAUUGUAACAGUUCUCUAGCGAACAUCCAUUUUUAUUUUUAGUUUAAAAUUAAAUUAAUUAAAUCAAAUUAGUCAAACAAAUACAGACUGUAAGUCACGACUUUUACAACAACCAAAGUAAAAGAGACUACAUUUGGUCGUGAUUAGUAAAUAUUAUAAUAUAUUAUAAUACUGGUUUAUAAUGUUUUAAAAUAAUUAGUUGUGAGUAAUAAUUCUAAAGUGCCAAUUACUGAAAUUUAUCAUCAUUACGAUCAUCAUUAUUAUUUCAGUCAUUUGCACUGAAUUUUAUAUUUUAAAUUAAAUAAACUGACAUGAAAAACUUAUAAGGAUCACCAAAGACUAUAUUUAAUCGAGGUUUUUUCAACAUACUACAGCAUAGGGUU